AUAUCAGUGUAUUUGGUUAGGAAAACUGGCUAAUUUGGCAUUUUUAGUGUCUGCCUUGUGCUGCUCGACGCGAAAGUUGACGCCAAGCUCCGGGAAGACGAGCAGGGUGGGGAUGACACUGACACGCCUCAACGUCGCCCGCGGUAGGGGAAGUGCUGAUCUGUAACGGCGAUAAACCUCUGUCCUCCGUCCUCCCUCCACCCUCCACCCUCCUCCCGCUAUACAGCAACACCGUUUCUCUGAAGGAUUCAUGGGACAGACGAUUUCCUUGGAGAGUAGCUUGGAAAUAAUCUUCACUCGGUAGCAACCUACAUUGUACACGAUUUUUAAGUCUGUUGAUUCGUUCAAUGGUUCGUUAAUGCUGUUUGUGAGCUUUCGCAUAAUAUAAAAAAGACGCAAUUAUCUGUUAGUCGGUACGCAUGGAAAAAAAGCAAGACAAACGAAUCGGUAAGUUAGGGCGACUUUAUUUAAGUGCGAAACGGAAGAAAAGAAGAGCAACGGCUCUGAUUGAGUACCAGAAACAAAGGUAAGAUAUAGCGAUACCGAUAUUAAUUUUUCUUUUAUUAAUGUAAAAGAACACCGGAUAAUUCCAAACCCGGCUAAAAACUAUUUUAAGAAACAUGUUUUACAACCUAGUUUAUACAAUGCAUUUAAUUUUUUUAGAAAAAUCCGAAGAGUUGAAGAAUAUGGUGCAGUUCAAGAGGAAGUCAACAGCACAGUAACUGAUCCCCAAACGGCUAACUUGACGGCUCAUUUUUCUUUACCAGGAUCAAGCAACGCAGGGAAUGAAAAUAUGGUUCUGAAUCCUGAUGAGGAGACAGUCACCAAAUCGUACGCCAUACUUCAGCCACCAAUCCAACUGCAGGAAACGGAAGCCGGUGUUUUUCAUUGGUCCACGGAAGUGUCUGACACAAUCAUCAUAGAAAACAUCAACAUCGUUGAAAACUCUGAAUCAGCUAAUAAAAUGGCGUAUGAAAUGAGCAGUGUUCAACAGAAAAGAAAGAUGUUUGAAGAAGUCAGCACCUCAGAUACUGCGGCAAAAGGCGAAUAUUCUACAUCCACAGACAACGAAGAACAAACAACGGUUUUGAACACUGACUUCAUUCACGGUAGUAACGAAUUUGAUUCUGAGCCUGUGGCCAGCUCUUCUCUAAUAAAUAGUGCUGACAAAAUACCCAUGCAUACAGAAAAAGAGAUUCAUGCCGACCGUAAUUUGGAAGGAGUCAGGUUCGUUGAACUGAUGUAUUUUAUAAAUAAACUGGUUGAAAUAAGUAACCAUAUUCCUGCUUUCGGUUGUACUCUAGCUAAUAUGAGUGUCGUAAGGGAGGUAAUUAGAGGGUUUUCUUCCAUUAUUGUGUUUUCUUGUAAUAUGUGUAACAGAACCUUUUCAGUUCCAACUCACAAUCCAAGUAGUCCUUCGUACAUGGAUGUCAAUUCUAGGGCAGUUUCUGGAAUCAUGAGCAUCGGUGGUGGACUUUCACAUCUGGAAGAGUUUUGUGCGACUGUGGGUGUACCAUGCAUGUCAGCAAUGACAUAUUCAAAGUAUCACAACAAAGUGUGUGACGGAUGGGAAAAAGCAGCAACAACUCAGAUGAAAGAAGCUGUUGAAGAAGAAGCAGCUUUAGCAAAACAAAGAGGGGACGUGGAUGAAUUUGGAAUUCCACUUUUGACAGUGGUUGUAGAUGGCUCCUGGUCCAAAAGAUCCUACAAAACAAAAUACGAUGCAUUAUCUGGUGUAGCUGCAAUAGUGGGCUAUGAAACUAAGAAAGUUAUUUUCAUGGCUGUCGCUAACAAAUAUUGCUAUGUUUGUGCUCGAACAAUAAAUGGAACUAUUCCCCAGCAUGUUUGUUACAAAAAUCAUGAAGGAAGUUCUAGCAGCAUGGAAGCUAAUAUCAUUCUUGAAGGCUUUCAGCAAAGUGAGGCUGAACACAAUGUUAAGUAUGCCAGGAUGAUUGGGGAUGGGGACAGUAGUGUUUACAAAAAAAUUUUGGAAGCACGUCCUUAUAAGAAUAUUACUGUUGAGAAAAUCGAGUGUAGGAACCAUCUUUUACGAAACUAUCGUCGGAAGUUGAUGAAUGUGAGUGAAAACAGUUCACUUGGCAUUGCCGCCCUAAGAAAAGUCGUGUGUAACAAGAUAAGCAAAAUUGUAUCAGGCGUACAGAAGGCAGUUGCAUACCGAAAAACUGAAAACACCAUUCAAAACAAUCGAAUUCAAGGCUUGAAGUAUGAUAUUGAAAAUGGUACUAGCCAUGUAUUUGGUGAGCACUUGGAGUGUCGAAAAUUAGGAUAUUUCUGUAAUAAUCGAAAGGAAGGUGAAAUUAAUUAUGUCCCAGAACUUUCAAAAAAGUGGUCUGUAUUCUCAACACACUCUACACAGGCACGUAGCUUGAUAUUUGAUGUUGAUAAUAAUGCUGCAGAACACUUCAACUCGGUCAUUGCUAAGUUUUCUGGUGGUAAGUGUAUAAACUAUACCACCAGAAGGUCAUACCAGGGAAGAUGUGCUGCUGCUGUGGUAGCACACAAUACGAGAAUGCCACAUUACAUUCUUCACAAGACAAUGCAGGAUGGCAUCAGCCCUAACAAAGUUGCAAAAAAAUUGGAACUUAAGCGCAAAGCUAGAAUUAAUAAAAGACGAAAUAAUAAAAAGUGCAGAAGAAUCGAUUUUAGGAAAUCUCUAGCCCAAGCAAUCAGUGACAAAGAUUAUGGGCCGCAGUGCCAGAAACCAGACAUGCCAGUGGAUGUAUACCAACAAGAAGAAACCAGAUUAUUACAGUCCAUUCCGAAAACUGAUGAAGAACGCCGUCAAAUAGAAAGAGAAACGAUACUACAAGCAGGAAGUGGAGAAUGGCUGGAAAUGAGACGGAAACUAUUGACAGCUUCAAAAUUCGGGAGGGUAAUACGUAUAAAGCCAACAACAAGCUGCAAGAACCUAGUAAGAGCCAUAAUAUACUCUCAUGACAUACUUAAUGUUCCAGCAGUACAACAUGGCAGGCAUUCCGAAGAAAUAGCCAUCAAACAGCUAGAAGGCCAGGAAAAAAUUAAUAUAAGUAAAGCUGGUCUUUUUAUUGACCAAGAACACCCAUUUCUUGCCGCAACACCCGAUGGCCUUGAUGGCGAAGACCGUCUCGUAGAAAUAAAGUGUCCUGCUUCGGCAUAUGGAAUGGACAUAAGUGAAGCCAUGCGAGAAGGCAAAAUAAAGUAUUUGAAAUAUUCUGAAGAAUGUUCUACUGUCAUUUCGUUAAAAAAAAUCAUGAAUAUUUCUACCAAGUCCAGGGUCAGCUUCACAUAACCAGAAGGGAUAUUUGCUUGUUUGGCAUCUGGACUUCGAGCCAAAAGAAAGUAAAAGUAUUGGAAAUUUUCAGAGACGACACAUUCUGGAAAGAAAAAAUGGAGCCAAAACUCGUUUUAUUUUAUACACAAUGCGUUCUUUCGGAAUUAGUUGAUCCUAGACACACAAGAAAUAUGGAAAUUCGGGAUCCACCGCACAUAACAGAGGCUAUCAAAAGCCAUAAGAUAAAAUGCAUGGGAAAACGAAGAUCGUCCAAAACAAAACCGAAUAUUACAUCCUGAUUAUAUUAAACGUGAACAUUUUUCAAGCUUUUGCAGAACUUUCAAGAAAAUGUUGGUCUUGGAUAAUCAUUCAAACUAAUUUUUAUAGUGACCUGUUUGAUUUAUCUGUCUACGUCGCCUGCUCACUUAGCUUCAUAGACUAUCACCUUUCAUACAGGAAAUUAUUCUUGCUCAUUGUUUCCAGAACGUUUAACCAUGACAAGCAUUUUCAUGAACCUUCAUAUUUAGUAUGCCAGCACCUACAUGUGCAUAAGAAAGUAUAGCCCGUGUGGUCACGUUCAGUGCCAACCUAGAGAAUCAUUACCGUAAUCCAUAGGCGUGCCCAGACAUUUCCAUUAGGGGGGGCCCUGCUAAAUUUUUAAAUCAGAAGCUGAAUUUAGAAUGUUAAAUAGCCUAAAUACAUUCACUCAUUGCGUGUUUAUAUUUUUGUGCAGUAUCGAUGGGAUAUGAAUGUUUACUAGUUAAUAUUUAUAUCCGUAUAAUUUUAGCAAUCUUGAAAAUAUGUUUUUUUUCCAUAGACAAUGUUUAAAGGGUACUUACACAUUUUUCCCUCUCGAAUUUUCCAAUAGCUUGGUCCAGAUCUACCUUGAAAUUAACUUCUUUUUAGUGAAUGCAAACACAGCAAUUCAGACAACGGAACUUUAACAAACCUCUUAAUUUUUUUUUUUUUGCUUGGCCAUUUUAAGGGACCUCGUGUUUUAAAUAAACAAAGGCGGCUGUAUUUCCAGAACGAUAAAAUGUUUAGAAACAUUGAUAAUUACCACACUGCAACACUGAAAAACAGUUUGAGUGUCACAGUGCCAGGAAUAUACGAAUAUUAACGAACGCAUUAGAGAAAAUGCCGAUCUGAGUGAUUACAUUAGGGGGGGCCAUGGCCCACCUGGCCCCCCCUGUAGGCACGCCUAUGCCGUAAUCAUUUUGGAUAUGUAAAAAAAUAAAAUAUCUUACCUAUAAUGUAAAUUUUAAAGCUGAGUUAAGCUUUCCAGAAUGGUUAAAUGCUCAAGUGAGUAAUGGUGCUUUAAAAGUAUAGAAGACAUUGCUUGUUUAGGUGAAUAAAUACUGAGGUGGUCGUAACUGUUACUUAGUUUGAAGGAAAUUAAUUCAUUUGGCAGCCAAUUGAGAAAUUUUGUAAAAUUUGUAAAUGAGAAAAAAGAGAAUUUCCUAAAAAGAGUGUUCGGUAUGCAUAAACUUCUUGUCUUGUAAGUCCUAACAAAAA